AUGAGUAAAAGCUACACCUUCAAGAAUCCAGGAAGGGUAUCCUAUGAUGCUGGGAUGAUAAAAAUGUUUUGGGAGAAAAAAAUCGAGCUUCACACUAAACAGCUGCAGAACGAGGACAUGAGGAUGCGCAGGAGUGCCCUGGACAGGCUCCGCAGCGAGUGGACUCGGAAGCUGGAGAGGAGGGAUCAGAUGAUGCUGAGCAGCCAGGAGGCGCCCCCAGGCCCCCCGCCCAGCACCCCCGACCAGCCCGCAGCCUGA